CUGUGUCGCUCCGGUGAUCCGCACAGAAAGGUGCACGCGCGCAUUCAACACGGUUGUGUGCCCCGAUCCGAGGUUCUUGUGUGAUUUUGUGGAUUUAUACGAUCGGAAACGGAACGGAUUUGCUCGAGCCCCAGAGCUUAGGUGCUGGGCCGCAAAGCCGUCGGUAUUUUAUUGUAUUGUGAUCGCAAAUCGCCUUCGCCCCAUCUUUUUGUCAAGCUUAAAAGCUUAAGUUAUUACCUACCGCGACAUGUUGUGCGUCAUUUGACCGAUUUGAUUUGCUAAUUCUAGCCAAGUUUUUCUCGAAAAGAAACCGCAUAAAUCUUGAUUUAAUCAAAGUGUUGAAUAUGCAAUGAUUCCCUGAAUACCUAUGCAAAGAAUAGGCAAUAAUCAAAGCAAAUAGUGUGCAAUAGAAACCCCACUUUGGAUCUAAUAAUAUAAGUAAAUAGUUCUUCCACAUACCUAAGUAAAUAAAGCAAAUACAAGUUAUUGAUCAAGUGUCAAACAUUGUGGCUGAUCGAAGUAAAUUAUGAAGUAACCGUUUAUGCCAAAUACUAUUGGAGCUAGCUCUAUAACCAAAUGGAUAUCGCAAAUUGAAUCUUUCGAGCAGAGAGAAUUGUGUUUAAAUAUUUGCAAACGUGCGAUCGACGAAAUGUAUGCGGAUAAUAAACGUGGCCUAGACAAGGUGACGGCUUCGACCACGCCCAGCCACGCCCUCCAGCAGCAGCAACACCCCCACCAGCAGCAGCAGCAGCAACAUCUGCAACAUGUCCUGCAACUGCAGCAGCAGCAACAGCAACAGCAGCAACACCUACAACAGCAGCAGCAGCAUCACUUGCAACACCAGAUGCAUACGCAUCAUAACUUCCAGCAACAUGAAACGCCAGCAACACUGUCGCAACAGCAGCAUAUGCAGCAGCAGCAACAGGCUACACAGCAGCAACACACGGCGCAGCAGCAACAUGCGACACAGCAGCAACAGCAACAGACAGCCGGCAUGUUUACAAGAUUCGAUGCCAACAAGUCGACGAAGGGCGCCUCGAAGAUGCGACGCGAUCUCAUAAAUGCGGAGAUAGCCAAUCUGAGGGAUCUCCUGCCGCUGCCCCAAUCGACGCGCCAGCGCCUCUCGCAACUGCAGCUGAUGGCUCUGGUCUGUGUCUAUGUGCGGAAAGCCAACUACUUCAAACAAGUUUUCGAGCGGCACAAUGCGAUGCAUCAUCUUCAUCACCAGACAGCAACACCAAAUAUUGGCUUCUCAAAGGCACUCUCCGGCUUUUUGAUGAUGCUCACACAAAAUGGCAAAUUGCUCUAUAUAUCGGAUAAUGCGGCCGAGUACUUGGGCCAUUCCAUGGAGGAUCUGCUGAUACACGGUGACUCCGUUUACGAUAUCAUUGACAAACAGGAUCACGCAACCAUCCAGGCCGAACUGAAUAGGAACGUGCCGCCGCAGCCGGGUGGCUCGAGUCAGGCGAACAGCAGUGGUGCUGGCACCACCGGCGACUCAACGUCCACCAAUGGCAGUGCCGGUGGUGCUGGUGGCGCCUCCAGUCUCGAGGGCGAGCAUCGCAUGUUCCUCUGUCGCAUGAAUGUUAGCCGCAAUGCGCGACGGCAAAUGCGUUUUGGCGAUCAGAAGGUUGUCCUCGUCCAGGGUCACUAUUUGUCAUUCCUGCCGCUCUGCAGUCGCAACGAGCCCGUCUUCUUGGCCACCUGCACUCCGAUCGCCAUGCCCGAAACCAGGGAGUGUGUGGUGCAAGGUGCCACGAACGUCUUCACCACCAUCCACUCGAUGGACAUGAAAAUAGCCCACAUCGACAAGAAUGGCGAGUUUCACUUGGGCUACGAUAAGACCACGCUGCAGGGCACUUCCUGGUACAAUCUCAUCCACAGCGAAAAUCUGAGAGAGGCGCAGAAUAAACACAGACUAAUUACGCAAUCGGAACAGGAUCGAAGUUGUAUUCUUUUGGUGAGAAUGCAAAGAUCCAGUGGAGAAUACACGUGGGUUCACGUAGUUUUACAGGUGCGAGAUAGUCCCGAUUCCACUCAACAACCUGUUAUCGUUUGCACGAACCAAGUACUAAAUGAGCGCGAGGCCUCGAUCAUGUUGGCCAACUCCUGGCUGUAUCACUACUAUACCGUCCAGUCGAAGAUCCAGUUCGGAAUGCCACUGGACAGUGGAAUCCGUGUGCCUCCUGGAACUCCCUCCAGUGGAUACUACAGUCCUCAUGCCUCCCAUCCGCCUUCCACUCCAGGUGGAGCCACGCCCACUUUGGGCAUAACGAGUGGCUUUGGCAGCCAUGCACACCACACACACCACUCGCACCACCCACACCACCACCAUCAUCACCACCAUCCGGCGACCGCCUAUCACCACCAUCCGCACAUGGGAACCUACGGCGGAGUCUAUCACGCCGAUUCAGCCAUCGAACUCAAGGAGGAUCAGCCGCUGUUCAGUUUUCAGGAACCGGUGGACUACAGCCAGGUUAAUCCCUCCAAUUCGACGAGUACCCCCAAUCCGCCCACUUCCAAAUCGGCCACGCCCCCGCCGCCCAAGAAGAGAGCUCGCAAGCUGGAACCACUCUACUUGCACGCGGAACGCUCUCCGGCGGCGGCGAUUACUCCGGAACCCGAUUGCUAUGCCAUCCACACUCAUCCGGCAGCUGCAUAUGCCACCUCAUCGGUGGCCAGUAGCGAUGCCUCCGUUAUAUAUGCCACCAUAGUUCCCACGAGACCGAGGUUACCCAAUAAAACACUGCCUCCCGAUCCGGCGGACUUCAUCGAACAGUGGAAUCCCAGUCCUCCGUGGUCGGAAUCGGCGCAGAAGGCUUCGCUGGAUAGCUUUGGAUCCUCCCACGAGCUGAGUCCCUGCAUAACGACCACGCCCCCUACGCCCACUAGUGCCACGCCCCACCAAAGUGGCCUCGGCACCACGCAGGCCAUUGGACCGGCGUUCAGUUUCGAGUGGAUGUCGGAUCCUUUGGUGCCGGUGGCCUAUCAGCAGUGGCCGCCAACCGGUGACCACCACCAGCACCUUUCGCAGCACCUGAGCCAGAGUCAGAGCCACCAAAAUCCCCUCCAGCAGCAGCAGCAACAUCAGCAGCAGCAGCAGAUUCUACUGGGCCAACAGCCACAUCUGCACCACCAACAUCAGCACUUAGCACUUCAUCACGGAAGGGAGGAGCAGGAAGCGGCGGCGACGGCGGCAGCGGCGGCAGCGGCGGCAGUGGUCGUGGUGCCACCGAUACCCAUUUCGAUACCGAUACCGAUACAGAUGCCAGCGAUGCCAGCGGCCACGGGCCAUGGGGAUGCCGGCGAACCGGUUGAGGAUAGAGAUCCCAAAAAUUAGUGACCAGCAAAGCUCGGAAAUACCCAGAGAUCGGGGAUCGGAGACUGGGGAUUGGAGAUCUUUCAUGGCGGCCAGGUGAUAAUCACACUUAAAUUAAUUGCCACUUGUCAUCUUAGCGCUUAAAUUAUUUUUACCUAACAAAGAAAACAAAAACGCAAGUGCUAUAACACAUUCGUUUCUCGAUAUAACAGCUAAUUUAAGUGAUUUCCACAAAGCCCUUUUGUUUUCCAAUUCCAAUUUUGUAUGUGCAAUCUUGAAAAGAACACUUAAAAAUAAGUAUGAGUCUAUAUGCAUGAGAAUAGCGCUUGGAAAUUAGUUUCGCGAUUGGCCCGCAAAAUAUUACAAACAGUAGCGAGAAAUAUCCAAGCCAAGCCAAGAGAGCUCUAUUAGUGUUAACGUUUUUAUUAGCGACAUUUUUAUGGCGCGCGCUUAAAGUUUACGAUAAUUCGUAUUUCUGUACCAUGUAUUUGUAACUCCACAAUUACACAUAUGCAU